UCCAUUUUCAGUUCAAUUUGCAAUGUUUCGCAUAAGAAAGCCAGAUUCUACCAUUUUUUAUUUCUUUACUCAGUGUCGACUCGGUGUUCCUGAAGGACGCGGAUAUGCACUCAGCAGAAAGGUUUUGUAAAUAAAAAAGAAAAGGAAGGGUGCUGAAAAGUGAGAAUAUUUCUUUCACCCAAAUGAGGAUGGUUUGUGACAAAGUCAGACAUCACCAAGCUACGACUGUAACUUAAGAACUGAUAUCUAUCAAAGAGCUCGUUUGCACUAGAAGUUAAGCGAUUUGAAGAUCUGCUCAAUCAUGCCGGUUCGUAGAGGUCAUGUUGCUCCACAAAACACAUUUCUGGGCAUUAUAAUACGAAAAUUUGAAGGGCAAAAUAAAAAAUUCAUAAUUGCCAAUGCCAGAGUGCAGAACUGUGCGAUCAUCUACUGCAAUGAUGGAUUUUGUGAAAUGACUGGCUUUUCAAGACCUGAUGUCAUGCAGAAGCCAUGUACCUGUGACUUUCUUCAUGGUCCACACACCAAAAGAUAUGACAUUGCCCAAGUUGCCCAGGCACUGCUUGGCUCGGAUGAAAGAAAAGUGGAAAUAACAUAUCACCGCAAAGAUGAAUCCAUUUUCCUGUGCAACACUCACAUAAUCCCAGUGAAGAAUCAGGAAGGGGUGGUGAUGAUGUUCAUUUUGAAUUUCGAUUACGUGCUGGAUGAGGAAACCAGUGACUCUUCAGAGAGACUGAACCACACUUCACCUGCCAAAUCUGAACACCGCAAGGGGAGAUUCUUCAGAUUAAGACUGGCCGGUUUGAGACUCUUGGGUACAAGCAAGCAGUCCCUUCCACAGGAGGACCCAGAUGCUGUUUUGGUCCAUUCUCCCAAACAAAGUGAUGACUCUGUUGCCAUGAAGCACUUUAAAUCACCCGCAAAAGAGAGUUGCAGCCCUUCAGAUGCUGAUGACACAAAAGCACUGAUUGGAUCUAGUCACUGCCCAACAAUGAUUAAUGAAUCAGGACCUCUUGAUCACUCUUCACCCAAACAUCAGUGGGACAGGUUGUACCCUGAUAUGCUGCAAUCGAGCAGAUGUCUGACCCAUGCCAGGUCAGAGGAGAGUAUUUGCAGCAUGAGACGAGCGUCGUCAGUCCAUGAUGUUGAGGGGUUUAGCGCCAGCUCAAAGAAUGUUUUCAGGGACCGACAUGCAAGUGAAGACAAUGGUCGCAAUAUCAAAGUUUCCCGUUCCUGGAUGGCAGGGGGUCCAUUCAACCAUAUAAAAUCAAGUCUUCUGGGUUCCACAUCCGAUUCAAACCUCACCAAAUACAGCACAAUCAACAAAAUCCCUCAAAUUACGUUGAACUUUUCCGAUAUUAAAAAUGAAAAGAAGACUUCUCCUCCUCCAUCUUCUGAGCAAACCAUCAUCGCACCAAAGGUUAAAGACCGAACACACAAUGUUACAGAAAAAGUUACUCAGGUCCUUUCUUUGGGAGCUGAUGUUUUACCUGAGUACAAACUUCAGACACCACGCAUCAACAAGUUCACUAUACUUCACUAUAGUCCCUUUAAGGCAGUCUGGGACUGGCUGAUUUUGCUGUUAGUAAUAUACACUGCCAUAUUCACGCCAUACUCUGCAGCCUUUCUUUUAAAUGACCGGGAGGAGCAAAAGAGACGAGAGUGUGGCUAUUCCUGCAGCCCCUUGAAUGUUGUAGACUUGAUGGUGGAUAUUAUGUUUAUCAUUGAUAUUCUCAUCAACUUUCGAACAACGUAUGUCAACCUAAAUGAAGAGGUGGUGAGUGAUCCAGCAAAAAUAGCUAUUCACUACUUCAAGGGCUGGUUCUUAAUUGACAUGGUUGCUGCAGUACCCUUUGACCUGCUCAUUUUUGGAUCUGGGUCGGACGAGACAACCACUUUGAUUGGACUGCUGAAGACAGCUAGACUGUUACGAUUGGUGAGAGUCGCUCGUAAGCUGGACCGAUACUCUGAAUAUGGGGCUGCUGUAUUGAUGCUGCUCAUGUGCAUUUUUGCUUUGAUUGCACACUGGCUUGCUUGCAUUUGGUAUGCCAUUGGAAAUGUGGAAAGGCCGUACCUGAUCCAUAAAAUCGGAUGGCUAGAUUCAUUGGGGCAGCAGAUUGGGAAGCGAUACAAUUACAGUGAUGCCAGUUCGGGACCCUCCAUCAAGGAUAAAUAUGUGACAGCACUUUACUUUACCUUCAGCAGUCUGACAAGUGUUGGAUUCGGCAAUGUGUCUCCAAAUACCAACUCAGAAAAAAUCUUCUCCAUAUGUGUCAUGCUAAUUGGCUCACUAAUGUAUGCCAGUAUCUUUGGGAAUGUCUCUGCAAUUAUCCAGCGGCUGUAUUCGGGAACAGCAAGGUACCACAUGCAGAUGCUUCGGGUAAAAGAAUUUAUCAGAUUCCACCAGAUUCCCAAUCCUCUGCGUCAGCGACUUGAAGAAUACUUCCAGCAUGCUUGGACCUACACCAAUGGCAUUGACAUGAACAUGGGAUUUCCGGAGUGUCUGCAGGCCGAUAUUUGCCUUCACCUCAAUCAGAAUUUGCUUCAGAGCUGCAAGGCUUUUAGAGGUGCCACCAAAGGCUGUUUGAGAGCUUUGGCCAUGAAGUUUAAAACAACGCAUUCACCCCCUGGAGACACGCUGGUCCACGGUGGAGAUGUUCUGACUGCACUCUACUUCCUGUCUCGAGGCUCAAUUGAAAUCCUAAAGGAUGACAUUGUUGUUGCAAUACUUGGUUAGUAUUUAAUGUGUCCCAUACUGUUAAGCUGAUAUUCAGUUAAAUAGAGAAAUACUGUAUUUAUUUACAAAAGUGA